AUGGACGCACACGCCUACCUCAUCCGUCACGGCUGGUCCGGACCAGGCAACCCGCUGAACCCGGACCGCCCGCAAGGCGGCGGCCUGGGUCUCACACGCCCGAUCCUCGUGGCGCGGCGCUCCGGCAACCAAGGCGUGGGCAAGAAGACGACCAAGGACCCGACGAAUCAGUGGUGGCUGCGCGGGUUUGAGGAUGCGCUGAAGGGCGUGGGGCAGGGGGAUGCGGGUGCGGGCGCGGGGGCUGUCUCUGCGCCGAAUGCGUUGACGAGUGAGCUGUAUCGGUUCUUCGUGCGGGGGGAAGUGAUUGCGGGGACGAUCGGGGAGAAGGCGAAGAUUGUGGUGAAGGAGGAGGGUACGAAGAAAUCCAAGUCGAAGAGGAAGAGGGGGGAGGAGAGCGAGGAGGAGGCGGAUGAUGACGAGGCGAAGGCGCGCCGGAAGGAGGAGAAGAGGAAGAAGCGCAAGAUGAAGGAGGGCUCUGGUGAGACCAAGGCCGAGAGCAAGGAGGAGCGGCGGCAGAGGAAGGAGGAGAAGAGGAGACGGAAGAAGGAGAAGGAGAUGAGGAAGAUGGAGGAUAGCAGUGCCAGUGAGGACAGGAGCGUGUCUCGCAAGGACAAGAAGAAGCAGAAGAAGGAAGAGAAGGCGAAGAAGCCGGAAGAUGAAUAUCCCACCCCCUCGUCGACGGAACAGGAGCAGACCGAUUCGACAGAUAUCCCCAAGAAGAAGCGGAAGGAGUCGAAGGAGUCGAAAGAGGAGAAGAAGGCAAGGAAGAGAGAGGCCUCCUCAUCCGACGACGGCGUAAAGGCGAAAUCGAAAAAAUCCAAAGAGAGCAGAAAGUCAACCCCGUGA